AUGGUUUAUCACUCUCCCUCUCUCCCUCCCUUCUUCCCACACCAGGUGGCCAACCUCCUGCGCCUCUUCCAGAUCCCCCAGAUCAGCUACGCCUCCACCAGCGCCAAGCUCAGUGACAAGUCUCGCUAUGACUACUUCGCCCGCACCGUGCCACCAGACUUCUACCAGGCCAAGGCCAUCGCCGAGAUCCUGCGUUACUUCAACUGGACCUAUGUGUCCACCGUGGCGUCCGAGGGCGAUUACGGCGAGACGGGCAUCGAUGCCUUCCAGCAGGAGGCCCGCGCCCGCCAGAUCUGCAUCGCCACCUCGGCCAAGGUCAGCCAGUUGUUGUUGUUUGUUUGUUUGUUGUUGUUGCCACUUUCACAGUGAAAAUAAUUAAUCAUUACAAAGGUUUCAUACUGUGGUGACAUUAACCCAACACCUACGGACCUUGUCAAGGGGUUCAGAAAUCUUGGCGUGAUGGUUAAGGUGUUGGCUUAAGAGUCGCUGGACCCGGGUUAGAAUCCCAAUUGGGGCUACCCACCAAUUUCGCUACAAUACUAUUGCAUGGUGUUAAAUUACAUUUGAUCAUGGGUUGUCGACAAUGGGGUUUCUAAAGGCAAUUUUACCGCGUUAGCAGAGAUCGCAUUCACAGUAGACGCUGCAGAUGUCGGCUCAAUCGGAAAUUGGCUUUAAAAGCUGAUUUAACGACAACCCACAAUCAGAUUUAAUCCUGGCCUCGGUUGAUUCCAUUUAAAAUAGUGCUGUAUGUUUUGCUGCCUUGAUGUUAUAGACUGUCUUAUUCUAGCACAUGAUGUUUCAAAGCUGGUGCAUAAUUAACAGGUGAGCCGCUCGAUGAACCGGUACAGCUACGACCAGGUGAUCCGUUCGCUGCAGCAGAAGUCCAAUGCCAAGGUGGUCAUUCUGUUCACACGCAGUGAGGAUGCCAGGGAGCUGCUGGUGGCCGCCGCCCGCAUGAAUGUCACCUUCAUCUGGGUGGCCAGUGAUGGCUGGGGGGCGCAGGUAGGACCUUGGCUUCCAUUCAAAAAGAGUUGAUUCCCGAAUCCCUAACAGUGUGAGAAUCAGAAUCGACUCCUUCACAAUUAAGGAAUAAAUUCCUGUAUAAGAAUGUUUUCGAUAAAAUGUAAUGUUUUGCGAUUUUUAUAAAUGGUGUAUUUUCAUUCCAAUUACUCCGAAAAUGUGAAUGAUUUGCAGGAAAGUGUCGUGAGGGGAAGUGAGACGGCAGCCGAGGGGGCCUUCACCAUCGAGCUGGCCUCCUACCCUAUCCGGGAGUUUGCCGACUACUUCACCAAGCUGAACCCCUACACUAACACACGGAAUCCCUGGUUCAGAGAAUUCUGGGAGCACCGCUUCGACUGUAGUCUCACAGAGCCUGGUUGUAGCGAAAACAGUCUGCGGGACGGCAAGUUUGAGCAGGAGUCCAAGAUCAUGUUUGUAGUGAACGCAGUGUAUGCCAUGGCUCAUGCCCUGCAUAAUAUGAGGCAGGCGGUUUGCCCACCCAAUGCCACCAAGAUCUGUGAUGCCAUGAAGCCAGGCACCGGGAAGAGGUUCUAUAGGGACUUCAUCCUCAAGGCCAAGUUCGAUGGUGAGUGAAGCAGUCUUAACAAUAGAAAUAGAACUCCCAGAAGGGGCAAUCCCCAUUCAAGUAAAUUUUCCAUGAUGGGUGUACCGGCGGCCAUAUUUAGUGCAUCCAAUUCUGCAGGUAAUAUAAUUACAUUUAUGGUAAUUACAUUUGCAUGGCCUUAACAGCCAUAUAAGGUCAGGUGACUUGAUUACUGGCUAUAUCACAAUGUUAGCCUAUAUGCACCCUUCAUUCACUACACAGGUUUAGAUAUACUACAGAAUUAAACUGUAUAUGUACACUACUUGACCAAAAGUAUGUGGACACCUGCUCAUCAAACAUCUCAUUCAAAAAUCAUGGGCAUUAAUAUGGAGUUGGUCCCCCCUUUGCUGCUAUAACAGCCUCCACUCUUCUGGAAGGUGUUGUACUAGAUGUUGGAACAUUGCUGCAGGGACUUGCUUCCAUUCAGCCACAAGAUCAUUAGUGAGGUCGGGCACUGACGUUGGGCGAUUAGGCCUGGCUCGCAAUCGGCGUUCCAAUUCAUCCCAAAGGUGUUCGAUGGGGUUGAGGUCAGGGCUCUGUGCAGGGCAGUCAAGUUCUUCCACACCAAUCUCGACAAACCAUUUCUGUAGGGACCUUGCUUUGUGCACGGGGGCAUUGUCAUGCUGAAACAGGAAACGGCCUUCCCUGUUGCCACAAAGUUGGAAGCACAGAAUCGUCUAGAAUAUCGUCUAGUAUGCUGUAGCGUUAAGAUUUCCCUUCACUGGAACUAAGGGACCUAGCCCGAACCAUGAAAAACAGCCCCAGACCAUUAUUACUCCUCCACCAAACCUUACAGUUGGCACUAUGCAUUCGGGCAGGUAGUGUUCUCCUGGCAUCCGCCAAACCCAGAUUCGUCUGUCGGACUGCCAGAUGGUGAAGCGUGAUUCAUCACUCCAGAGAAACAGGUUCCACUGCUCCAGAGUCCAAUGGUGGCGAGCUUUACACCACUCCAGCCAACGCUUGGCAUUGUAAAUGGUGAUCUUAGGCUUGUGUGCGACUGCUCGGCCAUGGAAACCCAUUUCAUGAAGCUCCCGACGAACAGUUCCUGUGCUGACGUUGCUUCCAAAGGCAGUGUGGAACUCGGUAGUGAGUGUUGCAACCGAGGACAGACGAUUUUUACGCACUACGCACUUCUGCAAUCACCGGUCCCGUUCUGUGAGCUUGUGUGGCCUACCACUUUGCGGCUGAGCCGUUGUUGCUCCUAGACAUUUCCACUUCACAAUAACAGCACUUGCAGUUGAACGGGGCAGCUCUUGCAGAGCAGAUUUUUGACAAACUGACUUGUUGGAAAGGUGCCAUCCUAUGACGGUGCCACGUUGAAAGUUAAUAAGCUCUUCAGUAAGGCCAUUCUACUGCCAAUGUUUGUCUAUGGAGAUUGCAUGGCUGCGUGCUCGAUUUUAUACACCUGUCAGCAACGGGUGUGGCUGAAAUAGCCAAAUCCAGUAAUUUGAAGGGGUAUCCACAUACUUUUGUAUAUAUAGUGUACCAUUCAUGUCAUCAGAAAUAAUCAAUUAAAUAUAUUCUUACAUUCUUAUUUUCAAUGUAAUAACACAUAAUGUAAGAACAGACCGGAAGCAGCUCAGAAUCACAUAGUAAUCCUGUUAUUACCCUGAGCUAAUUGAGUAUUACGUUUUUUUAAAUAUAUAUAUAAUCAAUAUUGGUACAUUGGGGUAAUUUGAAACAAAUGCAAAUCUGAAUUGACUGUGAGAUUGGUUUCUCAGUUUAUGUUGUGUCCUUGUAGAAUUGAAAAGGGUUUGGUGAUGAUUUGAUUUGCAGUGGGACCAGUAACAAAUUGGGACUGAGUAAGAUGCUUAGAGUAAGCAAGCAGUGUGCACUAUUUUGAGAAGAUGCCUCAUGAAUAGUUGCAUUAAAGAAAUGAAUUAAAAAACAAACGGAGAAGAUGAAGGAAACAUUGACAUAACAUCUCAUUUGUGAUUUUUUGUGAGAAAUUACUAGAGACUCAUAUUAAAAGUCAAUAUCUAACUAAAAGGGAGGGUUUCUCUUUCUUCUGAAAUGUCAUCAUUCUGUUUCCCCUAAUCUGAAACCCUGAAGAAGGCAUCACACCGAAAUUUGUUUGUUUUAAUUAUAUAGACGCAUUUCUGAAAUCUACUUCCAUUGUCUUCCAAGACAAGAGUGGUUGAAUAUUCCCCUCUUCUGCUUCCCCUCAGCUCCAUUCAGACCUGCCGACACGGAGAACAUGGUGCGUUUCGACGCCUACGGAGACAGUCUGGGCCGCUACAACAUCUUCCACUACCACAAACAGGAUGAUAAAUACGUGUAUAGGAAGGUAUGUAGCUCUCCAUCCAGGAGUGCUGCACUGCGGCUGAACCUGUGCCUCUCAACAUGUGUGUGUGUGUGUUUGGGUUGGGAAAAAGGCAGAAGAAUAAAGUAUCUCUCCUCUCCUCUUCAGGUGGGCUACUGGGCCCAGGGUCUGAUCCUGAACACCAGCCAAGUGCCAUGGAGGGGUCCAGCCGGAGCACCCCCCACCUCCCAGUGCAGUGACCCUUGCAGGAAGAACGAGGUGAAGAGCAUGCAGCCUGGAGACGUGUGCUGCUGGAUCUGCAUCCCCUGCCAGGUAAUACAUCCACAAGCAAGGAGAGAUGAGUGUGAGAGAUUACUUUCUUUUUUCAUUGUAUAGUUUAUCUUUCGAUAGUCAGCAGCUCACUUUGAGGGUGUGUUCCGCCCGGCGCCAUUCAUUUCUGCCGGUUGAAUAUACACUACCUUUUUUUGGGGGUGGGGGGGGGGGGGGGGGGGGGGUAGGAUAAAGAUUAGGGCUAGGGUAAGUGGAUAGUAAGUUGAAAGAUUGUAGAUAUUCAGUAGAUGUUUAACUAUCUAUUUCCCCUACCAGCCCUACCAGUACCUGCUAGAUGAGUUCACCUGUGCAGACUGCAGCUUCGGACAGUGGCCCCAGGCCAACCUGACAGGCUGCUUCGACCUCCCAGAGGAGUACAUCCGCUGGGAGGUACUGUCACUGUUUUCCCUCAUUUUUCUCCUCUUUUCCCCCUCAUUUUGUAUAUUUUUCUGUGUUUUGAGACAUUAACGUGUGAAAUAACACUUUAAAUAAACCUUUCUUUGAUUUAGGAUGCCUGGGCCAUUGGGCCCGUCACGAUCUCCUGCCUGGGCAUGUUGUGUACCCUCUCCGUGGUGGGCCUGUUCUUCAAGCACAAUGACACCCCCGUGGUCAAAGCCAGCGGCCGUGAGCUUUCCUAUAUCCUCCUACUCGGGGUCCUAAUGUGCUACAGCAUGACCUUCAUCUACAUCGCCAAGCCCUCGAUGGCCGUGUGUACCCUACGUCGACUAGGCCUGGGAACCUCCUUCGCUGUGUGCUACUCAGCACUGCUCACUAAGACCAACCGCAUCGCAAGGAUCUUCAGCGGGGUGAAGGACGGGGCCACAAGGCCACGGUUCAUCAGCCCAGCCUCCCAGGUGGCCAUCUGCGGCGGACUGAUCUCCUGUCAGCUACUGGUGGCUGUGGUCUGGCUCCUGGUGGAGAUGCCUGGCGUCAGGAAGGAGGUGAGUGUAACAGAGUUGGAUUCCUUACAUCACUCAAAUGUUUCCACUCAAGCUACCGACUCAUUAGCUUUUCUAUAGAGUAAUUGGCUGAGACGUUGACAAGUGUGGGGUCAUGUGUGUUUGCAAGGCAGAUGAUCCCUGUUUCCAGCCCAGUGAGGGUCAGGGAAGAAAGCUAUACUGUUAAGCAAUCACAGUGACAUUAUUGCCCGUCACAUGAGCAUAGAAAUAUAUAAUAAUAUUCUAUAUUAAUAUACUGUAUACACUACUCUAUAGCUAAUACGGUUCUGUUCUAUUUAAUUCUAUGAGGUGAGCCCCGAGAGGAGGGAUAUAGUCACCCUGAAGUGCAACAGCAAGGACUCCAGCAUGCUGGCCGCUCUUGCCUACAACUGCGUCCUUAUCGUCCUCUGCACAGUCUACGCCUUCAAGACCAGGAAGUGUCCUGAGAACUUCAACGAGGCCAAGUUCAUUGGGUUCACCAUGUACACCACCUGUAUCAUCUGGCUGGCCUUCCAGCCCAUCUUCUAC